UCAGACAGCAUUAUGAGCUAAAUGAUUGGCUGACAAACAUCUUCACUCUCUUACAAGCAAAGGAUAUAUUCUUGUACGACUAAUUUUAUUCGAACCGACCAUAGACCACAGCCACAAUACAAAAGCUACAGAGCAGCACAAGGAUGCUUUACACAGCAGCAAUUGUCAAUACAUAGUUGUGUUCAAAGUUUAUAGAAAAGGCAACACACAUAUAGCUCAUGAACUUCCCUUGUCUCCUACUACUAGUUUCCAUAAUCUGGUGUGCUGAGACGUCUUCUUCCAAUGAGUCCCUUCACCAGGAAACUGAUGACAACCACCAACAGCAGGUCGCAUCUCUGGAGAAUCGAAGCAACGGGAUCACUGCAGGCUGGCAGUACCACUACUACAAGCAUCAUGCCUUGAGAACAGUUCACGGAACUGUAAACAUCGUGGGGUGGGGAGUCCUGUUGCCGACGGGUGUGAUCGUGGCGCGCUACUUGAGAGAAUCAAGAAGCAACGAUUGGUACAAUCUUCACAUCAUAACGCAGUUCUCGGGAUUCCUUCUGGGCACGCUCGGAUGGGGUAUCGGAAUAUCUAUCAAGAACCAAGCUAAACAACAGCGUAUGAGCACGCAUGGAAUUCUUGGGACUCUAAUAUUUGCAUUAGCUACUCUUCAGUUGUUAGGCAUAUGUUUGCUGCCUGAUGAAGAGCACCGGUGCCGGAGAUAUUGGGUCAUCUAUCACAACGUUGUGGGAUAUGCCCUCAUUCUUCUCAUCAUUGUAAAUAUAUUUCAAGGUAUCGGCAAUCAGAAGGCGCCCAAGACAUGGGAUUUGUUUUAUGGUGCUGUUUUGGGAGUUUUGGGUAUGAUUGCUCUAGCUCUCCAAAUUCUCAGAUGGAUAUAUGCAUAGAUUCUUCACACCAAGUUUAACAUAGCUAUUUUGAUUGGAUGAAAGCUUAUUUUUUGACAUAUAAUAAAUAAUAAUCAAAGAAACAGAGGAAGCAGAGCAAUCAAUCGUAUGGCGGCGGCGCUCGGUGGUCCGGCGAUAGGCCAAUAGAAUCGAUUAUUUAUUUGUUUUAUAAUCUCCAUUGCAAAUUAAUCAGAUUCAUAUUAAGCACUAUUGACGAUGGGAUCCAAUGUAAUGCCAAAAAACGGCAAAUCAGUGCCGGUCUCCAAUUUCAGUUUUCAAAUGAAUUUAUGAUCUUUCACUUU